UUUCUCUCCAGUACCCCAAGGCUGACAUCCUUCCCUGCUGCACUGGAACAGCCUUUUGUCCUCCGCAUCCUUUUCAGGGACCCGCGUGAUGGUGGCUUAUGAAGAGGACAGUCUGAGCCCUGCACGAGUAGUUAGCUGGGCCGAGCUGCUCGCCGCGCUUGCCGGGCGGCAGGCGUGAACCUCUGGACCUCCACGUCGGACCUGAGGGGAAGUAUGUCUAAAAAAGGCCGGAGCAAGGGCGAGAAGCCCGAGAUGGAGACGGACCUGGUGCAGAUGGCCAAUGAGGAGCUGCGGGCCAAGCUGACCAGCAUCCAGAUCGAGUUCCAGCAGGAGAAGAGCAAGGUGGGCAAGCUGCGAGAGCGGUUGCAGGAGGCCAAGCUGGAGCGUGAACAGGAGCAGCGGCGGCACACGGCCUACAUCUCGGAGCUCAAGGCCAAGCUACACGAGGAGAAGACCAAGGAGCUACAGGCCCUGCGUGAGGCGCUCAUCCGUCAGCACGAGCAGGAGGCUGCACGCACAGCCAAGAUCAAGGAGGGGGAGCUGCAGCGGCUUCAGGCCACGCUGAAUGUGCUGCGUGACGGCGCGGCCGACAAAGUCAAGUCGGCGCUGCUGGCUGAGGCACGUGAGGAGGCGCGCAGGACCUUCGAUGGCGAGCGCCUGCGCCUGCAGCAGGACAUCUUGGAGCUCAAGGCGGCGCGCAAGCAGGCCGAGGAGGCGCUCAGCAACUGCAUGCAGGCGGACAAGGCCAAGGCGGCCGACCUGCGCGCCGCCUACCAGGCGCACCAGGACGAGGUGCACCGCAUUAAGCGCGAGUGCGAGCGUGACAUCCGCAGGCUGAUGGACGAGAUCAAAGGCAAAGACCGGGUGAUCUUGGCCCUGGAGAAGGAGCUGGGCGUGCAGGCCGGGCAGACCCAGCGGCUGCUUCUGCAGAAAGAGGCUUUGGACGAACAGCUGGUCCAGGUCAAGGAGGCCGAGAGGCACCACAGCAGCCCAAAGAGGGAGCUGCCGCCAGGCAUCGGGGACAUGGCGGAGCUCAUGGGCGCUCAGGAUCAGCAUACGGAUGAGCGAGAUGCGAGGCGAUUUCAGCUAAAGAUUGCUGAGCUGAAUUCAGUGAUCCGGAAGCUGGAAGACAGAAAUACCCUGUUGGCAGAUGAGAGGAACGAGCUGCUGAAGCGAGUGCGGGAGACUGAGGUGCAGCUGAAGCCGCUGGUGGAGAAGAACAAGCGCAUGAACAAGAAGAACGAGGACCUGCUGCAGAGCAUCCAGCGGAUGGAGGAGAAGCUCAAGAACCUCACUCGGGAGAAUGUGGAGAUGAAAGAGAAGCUCUCGGCCCAGGCCUCGCUGAAGCGCCACACGUCCCUAACCGACCUCAGCCUGACAAGGGAUGAGCAGGAGAUUGAGUUCCUGAGACUCCAGGUGCUGGAGCAGCAGCACGUCAUCGACGACCUCUCGUUGGAGAGAGAACGGCUGUUGCGCUCCAAGAGGCAUCGAGGGAAAAGCCUGAAGCCACCCAAGAAGCAUGUUGUGGAGACAUUUUUUGGAUUUGACGAGGAGUCCGUGGACUCGGAGACUUUGUCGGAGACGUCCUACAACACAGACAGGACCGACAGGACCCCGGCCACCCCCGAGGAGGACUUGGAUGACACCACAACCAGAGAAGAGGCCGACCUGAGGUUUUGCCAGCUGACCCGGGAGUACCAGGCCCUGCAGCGGGCCUACGCCCUGCUUCAGGAGCAGGUUGGGGGGACGCUGGACGCCGAGAGGGAGGCCCGGACUCGGGAGCAGCUGCAGGCUGAUCUGCUGAGGUGUCAGGCCAAGAUCGAAGACUUGGAGAAGUUGCUGGCUGAGAAGGGACAGGAUUCCACUUGGGUGGAGGAGAAGCAGUUGCUCAUCAGGACGAACCAAGACCUGCUGGAGAAGAUUUACAGGCUGGAAAUGGAGGAGAACCAGCUGAAGAGCGAAAUGCAAGACGCGAAGGAUCAGAACGAGCUGUUAGAAUUCAGAGUGCUAGAACUCGAAGAGAGAGAGCGGAGGUCGCCAGCCUUUAACCUCCAAAUCACCACCUUCCCCGAGAACAACAGCAGCGCCCUCCAGCUGUUCUGUCACCAGGAAGGAGUGAAGGAUGUGAAUAUUUCUGAACUUAUGAAGAAAUUAGAUAUCCUUGGCGAUAACGGGAAUUUGAGAAAUGAAGAACAGGUUGCAAUAAUCCAAGCCGGAACUGUGCUUGCCCUGUGUGAAAAGUGGCUGAAGCAAAUAGAGGGGACCGAGGCGGCCCUGACCCAGAAGAUGCUGGACCUCGAGAAAGAAAAGGACCUGUUCAGCAGGCAGAAAGGCUACCUGGAGGAGGAGCUGGACUACAGGAAGCAAGCGCUUGACCAGGCUUACCUGAAAAUCCAGGACCUGGAGGCCACGCUGUACAAUGCGCUGCAGCAGGAGCCGGGGCUGCGGGCCAGUGAGGCGCUGAGCGCAGGCCAGCGCGAGGACCUGCAGGCGGCCGUGGAGAAGGUACGCAGGCAGAUCCUGAGGCAGAGCCGAGAGUUCGACAGCCAGAUCCUGCGUGAGCGCAUGGAGCUGCUGCAGCAGGCCCAGCAGCGGGUCCGGGACCUGGAGGCCAAGCUGGAGCUUCAGAAGCGGCAGCUGAAGGAGCUGGAGGAGAAGUUUUUGUUCCUUUUUUUGUUUUUCUCACUAGCAUUCAUUCUGUGGCCUUGAUGACUCCAGGGAGCCGAGCACUCGGGAUAGAAAAAGAGCUUCCGGAAUAAACUGAAUCCCCGACGGCCACCCCAACCCUCUUCAAACCAACUCAACAGCGAAACAAGCUAUUCAAAGUCCAGAGACUGGAAACAGUGUUCACGUUUAUUUGACAACAGCUUUAACGGGCGGCCUUUCGGAUGCACCACUGGGUCCCGGCCCGCCCAUGCUGCAUGGGCUAGCAGGGAUGAGGGGACUGUGUCCCUCUCAGAGCCACAGUGGUAUCCCAGCCAUCACCUUCAAGAGCCGAGGGGCAGAGACCUGAACGUCAGGAAACUUAAGUGCAAUUAACAGACACCAAGGGGCUGGAGAGCCGCUGCAGCGCGGGGACAGGCUGGAGUUCCUGACCCCGCACAUGUGCCUCCCCUGGCUGCAGUGUGCGCGCAGCAGGACCCCAGGCCCCUCCACCCUGUGUACAUAAACCCCAUGAGCUGUGCUGUGUCUACCCCAGAGUCUGUCUCUCAGGGGGACUCACACAGGUCCCUGGAUCAGAAGCCUGAGCCAUUCUGGCCCCGUCACCAGAACCUUCUGAACUGGAUGCAGCAGCAGUGAGUGGCCAGAGAGAGUUGGAGCCUCGUGGAGGUGGAGGGGCGGCUCUCUGGAGCCCCAGAUUUCCACAGGAAGCUGAAACAUGUGCCACGCUUGUGAUGCGACACAGCGAAAGCCCAAGAACACGGUGUCUUUAGGGCCAGGUGGACUGAGGAGCGAGAGCAGAUUCCACUCUUGAGGAGGCUCAGGACCACCGGAGGAGACCCCUGAAGCCCCUUAGGAGUGAAUCCCUUUCUGGCUCAGAGCAGGGGCUCUGCCGCAUGGCACAGGGAGUACCUGGUUCCCGACUAGAGCAGGAGAGCUUUAGGGGUGGUGGAUGCCCCAGAUGGGCGAAGGGAGUCCCCCCGGACACCAGGAGGAAAUUCUGGAGGGGAGACAAGACAAAUGUUCUUCGAGUGGCAUUCCUGCCGUUGUUCCAGGGUGGGCGGACCCCAGAGGCCCCUGCUCAGGUGGCUGUCCUCUCCCGGACUCGGGGCCGUCAGUCCACAUGUCGUAGUUUGGGAAUGUGAGCGAGAAGGGACCAGCUGCAAGCCAGGACACAGCACCACGCUGGCCAGAGAGCGUCCAUGCUUUGUGUGUGCAGGCUGUCGGGCCACUGUGAUUUCUGUGAUAAGAAACUUCGGGGCAAACAGACACAACUGAGAUUCCGGCUACCUCGAGAGACCGAUGUUCCUAGAAGUGUGGAUGGAGCAUGGAGAAGGAAGGACUCGAACUCGGCAGGAUUUGGGGCUCAGAGCCACACAGCCAGCACAGCUGAGACAUGCUGGUCUCUGUCGAAACCCAAGCCUAAGCACCCGCGACCCAGCCUGUGCAGAACCAAGAUUAGGUGGCCCUGUCCUGUGAGGGACAGGGUGGCUUCUCUGCCUGCUUGGCUCUCCCCCCCGCAGAUGACAUGGGGUAGUGCGGCCUGGGCUUGCAGUCGGACCACCUGGUCACUCCAGCCCAGCCGUCUCUGCUGCAGACCUGGGCCACCACAACGGCUGCACAGCUGGGGCAGGAAUUCAAACGGUCACAUCUGGCCCUAGGCGACAGCUCAGGCCCAGGGAGUGAGACACA